ACUUUGCAGCCUCUUUGCACCAUGAGCGCCCUUGCGCUUGCGCUCCUGCUCGGCUGCGCCCCGCUCUGGCUCGGGGGGUCCGCCUGGGGGGUCUCCGAGGUGCCCGGGGAGGGGGCCCCAGCCGGGAAGCCCCCGCAGCCGCUGCCCACCGUCGUGGUGGCCGUCCUGGCCCGCAACGCUCAGCACUCCCUGCCCUAUUACCUGGGGGCCCUGGAGCGCCUGGACUACCCCAAGGAGCGCAUCUCCAUCUGGAAGCCAUCCAUGUUUUGGAGUACAGGAAGUUGUUUCUCCCAUGAGGGACCAACACGGUGGUUCCAGGAAGUGCAUCCCCAGAUGCCUCAGGCUUUCCGGGAUGGAGCAAAACCAUCUCUUGAGGUCCCUCUCAGCCGUUGUUGCAGGUGUGCGACGGAUCACAAUGUGGACAACACCACAGAAAUACUUCAGGAAUGGUUCACUGCGAUGCAGAGUCAGUACCGACAUAUUGAGUGGAAAGCAGAGGAUGAUCCCAGCUCUUAUGCUGACGAACUCGGGCCCAAGCAUUGGAGUAACGAACGCUUUGAGCACGUCAUGAGACUCAAACAGGGAGCCCUGAAUUUCGCCCGGGCUGAGAGGGCUGAUUAUAUUUUGUUCACCGACACAGACAGCAUUCUGACCCACAACCAGACUUUGAAGUUCCUCAUGGCGCAAAACAAAUCUGUGAUUGCUCCCAUGCUGGAUUCCCAAACAUACUACUCCAACUUCUGGUGUGGGAUUACUCCUCAGGGUUAUUAUCGCAGGACAGCAGACUAUUUUCCCACCAAGAACCGGCAUCGUGUUGGAUGCUUUGCAGUCCCCAUGGUAUAUGCUGCCUUCUUGAUUGACCUUCGGAAGGGGCAGACUGCUAAGCUGGCCUUUUACCCUCCCCAUCCCAGCUACACCUGGCCAUUCGAUGACAUCAUUGUAUUUGCAUAUUCCUGUCAAGUUGCAGGAGCUGAGAUAUACUUAUGUAACCAGGAGCACUUCGGCUUUAUCAAUGUCCCUGUGAAGUCACAUCAUACACUGGAAGAUGAACGCAUAAACUUUGUUCACCUUGUUCUGGAGGCGAUGGUGGAUGGACCCCCCAUGGCCCCCUCAAGGCAUGUUUACCUCUCCCCAAAGCACCUCACCAAAAUUGGGUUUGAUGAGAUUUUCCUCAUCAACUUGGCACGGCGUCCGGACCGGCAGCAGCGCAUGCUGAGUGCCCUCUCUGAACUGGAGAUCGACCCUCUAGUGGUGAACGCUGUGGAUGGAAGUGCCCUGAACAGCAGCGAUAUCAAGAAGCUGGGUGUGGACUUGCUUCCAGGAUAUUACGACCCCUUCUCAGGCAGGACGCUCACAAAGGGGGAGGUUGGCUGCUUUCUUAGCCACCAUCAUAUAUGGAAAGAGAUCGUGGAUCGGGGGCUGGAGAAGUCAGUCGUGUUGGAAGACGAUGUUCGCUUUGAACCGUAUUUCAAAAAGCGGCUGUUGAGGCUGAUGGAUGAACUGGAGCAGGUGCAGCUGGAUUGGGACCUGAUCUACCUGGGCCGGAAACAGGUGAACUCGGAGGAUGAGACGCCGGUGGAGGACGUGCGGAAUCUUGUAGUGGCGGAGUAUUCCUACUGGACUUUGGCAGCUCAAAUCAUCUCAAUGAGGGGCUCAAGAAACCUUGGUGGCAUGGCAUGGCCAGCACCGCUUUCCAAAAUCCUACCAGUGGAUGAAUUUCUGCCCAUCAUGUAUGACAAGCAUCCCAAUGAGGAUUACAAAAAGUACUUCCCCACCAGGGACUUGAAGGCUUAUUCUGUGCGCCCCCUGGUGGCUUACCCCACUCACUACACCGGAGAAGCCAAUUGGAUGAGUGACACAGAGACGUCCACCAUCUGGGACGAUGACUCCCAUAAAACUGAAUGGAGCGGCUCGCAGAAGACGCUGAAAGACGAGCGUGCUGUGGGCGGCACCACUGGCCAUGCUUUCCGCGCUGCCUCCAGAGAUGAGCUAUAACAUCUGGCUGGAUCACCCCUCUGGUCCACUGGAUGUAAAGGAGACAAAAAUUCCGGGUUUGAUUUUUUCCCCACCCCUUGAGAAAAGCUGGGUUUGCUUGGUGUACCUGAACAAAAAGGGUAUUGAUUUGGUACUCUGCAACCAAGAUCCAUGUGUACAUUUCCAGCAGCUCCGGAAUCUUCCCCACUGGAAUAUUCGGCCCAGUAAUGCCGAACAUCUCCUUUAGCGUUGCAGCUUCUUUCACAGCCUGGCCGGAUGGUUCUAACCGCUCUCGACCUUGGACCGCUUUGGGGGACGUUUUUCUAAAAUGAGACCUGAGAAUCCCGUUUCACUUCAGCCUGCCUGGAUGUGGGCUGUACAAGUAUUUUGUACAAGUAUUUAUUCUUAAAACAGUCCAUUUGGAUGUCCCUUAAACCCAUGGCUUGGAUGGAUUGUUUGAUAGUCUCUUUGCAACGGGAGCCUGUGUCUGUUCUGUGUACAUUUCCUUGGACGCCGAGAAGAGACAAGUGCCUUUUUAACCAGACAGUUGGGAGUACUCGGAAUCACCUCUGUGUCUCGUGAAUUCUGGUUCCGGACCAGUUCCUGCAAGCAAAUGGAGCAACAAUAAGAUUUCCCUGAACCAAUUUCACCUCAUGUUCUGUCUGGUCCAAGUCUGGUGUCGGCAUGCUAGGCCUUGGUUCUGUGAACUGAGAAAACAAAAUGGCAGAUUAAAGUUGCAGAUUUAAAUUCG